AUGGCUUCUGUCGAUUUAGGCGCAGAUAGCAUUGAGUCCGACAACGAGGCUCGCGAGGCAAGCAGUAAUGUCUCCAAACCAACAAAGCGCCAACGAUGGGCAACCCAACGAGUUGCCGGCUCAGGCGGAGCGCGAAAACGAGUCUCAAUAAUAGAUCGACUGCACAAGCGCCCAGAUGUCAAGGAAGAAAAGCUACAACCAGCUGUGGACGACCCGCCUCCCCCACUGCCCCAGAGUCCUGCGGGCCCGACACCACCGAGUAAUAGAACGGUCUACUUCAACAUUCCGAUUCCCGAGAGCGAGAGAGAUGAAGAUGGACGCCCGAAGAUGGAAUACCCCAGGAACAAGAUUCGCACGGCCAAAUAUACACCCUUGUCAUUCGUACCGAAAAACCUUUGGUUCCAGUUCCAGAACAUUGCCAAUAUCUACUUCCUGUUUAUCAUCAUCCUUGGUUUCUUCUCCAUCUUCGGUGUCGCUUCGCCUGCGGUGAAUACUGUUCCGUUGAUCGUCAUUGUCGUGCUCACCUCGCUCAAAGAUGCCAUUGAAGAUUUCCGCCGUACCAUUUUGGACAAUGAGCUCAACAACACGCCUGUAUAUCGCCUAAUAGACUGGACCAAUGUGAACUCGACCGAAGAUCAGAUCUCCUUGUGGCGCCGAUUCAAGAAGGCUUGCACUAGAGCUACUGUCUCCACAUAUAGGGCAAUGAAGGCUUUGAUUCAGCAGAAGAAUGCCCCCCAACCAGCUAGCGAUAACCGACGCGCAACUUUCAUGUCCACAAUAUCUCCGCGUGCCUCUUUCGCCUCGCAACGUGAAGAGGAGGCCAUUCAAAUGACACCGGUUCAGAACUUUACACCCGAGGCCCGACCCGACUGGCCCCUCCCGGCUGCCGAUGUUGAUUACCGAUCGAUGCCGGACAAAGCUUCAGGAUAUCAGACUGCGGGACAAGAUGCAUCUGCGACUCCACCAAAGAAAGGCGGAAGCAUAGUCGAUAUGUCGAAGCAGACCCUGGGAAAAGCAAGAUUCAAACGUGAUUACUGGAAAAACAUUCAAGUAGGCGACUAUGUUCGAUUAUAUAACGGAGAUCAGGUUCCCGCCGAUAUUAUCUUGCUUUCGACGUCUGACCCCGACGGUGCUUGCUACGUGGAAACGAAAAGUUUAGACGGAGAAACGAAUCUCAAAGUCCGACACGCUUUACACUGUGGCCGCCAAGUCAGACAUGCCCGAGAUUGCGAGAAGGCUGAAUUCGUGAUCGAUAGCGAGGCCCCACAUCCUAAUCUCUAUGCUUAUAAUGGUGCUUUGCGCUGGGAUCAGCGCGAUUCGGAUUACCCCGACGCGCCUCGACGAGAGAUGGUGGAACCUGUGACGAUCAACAAUUUACUUCUUCGUGGUUGCUCUCUUCGCAAUACUGAGUGGGCCCUUGGCGUGGUUCUCUUCACCGGUGAGGAGACAAAGGUCAUGUUGAACUCGGGUGUGACCCCUUCCAAACGACCGAGACUGGCCAAAGAUCUCAAUUGGAAUGUCAUCUAUAACUUUGUCAUCUUGUUUGUCAUGUGCCUUAUUUGCGGUAUUGCCAACGGAGCCGCGUGGGGUUCGUCUCACAGGUCCUUAGAUUAUUUCGACUUCGGGUCAUAUGGAAGCACCCCGGCCGUUACUGGUUUUAUUACAUUUUGGGUCGCCUUAAUCCUAUUUCAGAACCUGGUUCCGAUUUCGCUUUAUAUCUCACUGGAAAUUGUUCGCACUAUCCAGGCAGUUUUCAUUCAUAGCGACGUCUUCAUGUACUAUGAGAAACUGGGGAUCUCGUGUAUUCCAAAAUCCUGGAACAUUUCAGACGAUGUUGGACAGAUCGAGUACAUCUUCUCCGAUAAGACAGGCACUCUGACCCAGAACGUCAUGGAUUUCAAGAAAUGUACAAUCAAUGGCGUGUCCUAUGGUGAAGCUUUCACAGAAGCUCAAAUUGGAAUCGUCCGGCGAGAAGGAGGCGAUGCCGAUGCAAUGGCUGCCAAUGCCAGGAAAAAGCUGGCCGCGGACACAGUGAAGAUGAUUGGCAUGCUUCGCAACAUGUAUGACAAUCCAUACUUACGUGACGAAAGCUUAACUUUCAUCUCGCCAGACUUCGUUGCAGACCUGGACGGUCACUCUGGUGAAGCCCAGAGGAGAGCAACGGAACACUUUAUGCUCACGCUUGCUGUCUGUCAUACUGUUAUCACAGAGCAUACCCCUGGAGAUCCCCCUCAGAUCGAAUUUCAAGCACAGUCUCCCGAUGAGGCUGCCCUGGUAGGCACGGCGAGAGACUGCGGCUUUACCGUCCUCGGGAGGUCAAACGAUGACCUGAUCGUGAAUAUCUUGGGCGAGGAAAGGACAUAUACCGUUCUAAAUACUUUGGAAUUCAAUUCCACGAGAAAACGCAUGAGUGCAAUCAUCCGAAUGCCCGAUGGCAGCAUACGGCUCUUCUGCAAAGGUGCGGAUAGUAUUAUCUACUCGCGCUUAGCACCAGGCAAGCAACAGGAGCUGCGCAAGCAAACUGCUCAGCACCUUGAAAUGUUUGCUAGCGAAGGUCUGCGGACCCUGUGUGUGGCGGAUCGUGAGCUCAGCGAAGAGGAAUAUCUGGCUUGGAGCAAGGAACAUGAUCUCGCCGCUGCUGCGCUCACUGAUCGCGAAGAAAAGCUAGAGGAAGUCGCCAGUAAUAUCGAACAGGACCUUAUGCUUAUAGGCGGCACAGCAAUCGAAGACAGACUUCAAGAUGGUGUCCCAGACACUAUUUCUCUGCUUGCGGAAGCCGGUAUCAAACUGUGGGUCCUGACCGGUGAUAAAGUCGAGACAGCCAUCAACAUCGGCUUCUCAUGCAACCUCCUCGAUAAUGAUAUGGAACUUAUUGUCUUCAACAUUCCCAGUGAUCAGCCGCAGCGGGCAUCACAAGAGCUAGACAAACAGCUGGAACGAUUUGGAAUGACCGGCUCCGAUGAAGAGUUGAUCGCUGCACGGGGUGACCACAGGCCACCCGCCGCCACGCAUGCCGUUGUCAUCGAUGGCGAGACUCUCAAACUGAUGCUCGAUGAAGAACGGAAACAACGCUUCCUUUUGUUGUGCAAACAAUGCAAAUCCGUCUUAUGCUGUCGGGUGAGCCCUGCUCAGAAAGCAGCAGUCGUACGUAUGGUCAAAAAUGGUUUAGACAUCAUGGCCCUUUCCAUCGGAGAUGGUGCCAAUGAUGUAGCCAUGAUUCAGGAGGCAGAUGUUGGUGUCGGAAUCAUUGGUGAAGAAGGCAGACAAGCAGCCAUGUCGUCGGACUACGCCAUCGGGCAAUUUCGAUUUCUGCAGCGUCUUGUCCUUGUUCACGGAAGGUAUUCAUAUCGUCGCAUGGCGGAGACAAUCGCAAACUUCUUUUAUAAGAACUUGGUCUGGACACUCGCGCUCUUCUGGUACUCCAUCUAUAAUGAUUACGAUGGCUCGUAUCUUUUUGACUAUACCUACAUUGUGCUUGUCAACGUCGCCUUUACCUCGCUUCCUGUGAUCCUGAUGGGCAUCUUCGACCAGGAUGUUGAUGACAAGGUAUCAUUAGCUGUGCCCCAACUUUAUAUGAGAGGUAUCGAGCGAAAAGAGUGGUCACAGCUCAAAUUUUGGUUAUAUAUGGCUGAUGGUCUGUACCAGUCCAUCAUUUGCUUUUUCAUGCCAUACCUCCUAUACAGUCCUGCAACAUUUGUGCAUCACAAUGGCCUGAAUAUUAACGAUCGAACACGCAUGGGUAUCCUGGUUGGCACCAGCGCCGUUUUCGCAAGCAAUGGCUACAUUUUGAUGAAUUCCUACCGGUGGGAUUGGCUUACAGUCAUGAUCAACGGCAUCAGCUCCCUUCUUAUCUUCCUCUGGACUGGUAUUUACUCUUCACUCGAAGCGUCAACCACUUUCCUUCACGCCGGUCUCGAAGUUUACAGUGCACUGUCGUUCUGGGUUGUCCUAUUGCUUACUGUCAUGAUAUGCCUGCUGCCUCGGUUCGCUGUAAAAUCUUUUCAGAAGGUCUUCUUUCCGCUUGAUGUCGACAUCAUACGCGAGCAGGUCUCUCAAGGAAAGUUCAAGUUUUUGGAUCAGUAUGAAGCCUAUGUCCCGCCUCGAGCAGCUGAAAAGGCGGCAGCAGCUACAAUGUCCAGCGACGAGUCAUCGUCAUCUUCGGAGAUUGUGAAACCGAUACAGCCCACUUUGAAGCACGAUCCUUUCUCGGAUGAGCAGCAGAUAUUCUCACCGUCCUAUCCUCCGACAAUUCGCACCCACAAGUCACACAGCAAGAAUGGCAGCAGCGGAACAACCUAUGCUUCUAGCCUUGACACUACCCGAUUACCCCACCCUCAACCAGUGGAUUAUAUUCAUUAUUCAUCAGAGCGAACACGACAUUCGUUUGACCGAGUUCCGCCCACAUUUGAAGUGAGCCAGGACUUCGAACAGUCCGGACAUUUGACGCGGGAGCUCUCAUAUCCCAAGGUUCAAGAACCCGACAGCCCUCUCAAAAGCCCUCAUGAUCCACCAUUGCAUGCGAUUUGA